AUGUUAGAAGAUUGUGAACCUCAUGUUCCUGGAGCAUGGAUACACCCCUCACAAGCUGUAGUAGUGGUGCCAGAACCGCUCAUUGGAGUUGGUGAUGAGGGAAGUGUAGAGACUAACGUUAACCUUUGGCGCUGUCUUGGAGACGCAAUUCGACAUGGCGAUUCAAUGCCUACGGAUAAAUCAACUUACAACUCAAAAGGACCAGCCAAACAACUGAAGCAUGGAUAUAAGAAAGAAAAUAUCCGAAUUUUACUAGCAAGGGCAGUGAAUGCCAACCAAUACAAAUGUCAACCAACCAAAAAGAACAUUGUCAAGAGCUUGGAAUGGUUGGUUCGUGGUACUCGGAGGGGGGAUUAUCGUUACUUUCACUUCAGUGGGCAUGGUGAGAUUUUUGAAGAUCCUUCUGGAAAAUUGGCAAGAAAAAUCCCAGAGGGUGGGGUUGACCCAAAAGAGGACGAUUCAGAGCUUUAUGGAGAUCAAACCGAUAAACUACGGGUCACCUCACAAACGAUUGAUGUCUCUGAGCUAAAGCGUUACAGUGAAGCACUUUCGGCCUACUGUCAUGAUAAGCCGCCACAUGCCACUCGUGAAUUUGACGUCGUAGACUGGCAAAACAGCUACCGAAUACGCGACGAGGAGCUGAAUCAGGUUUUUUCCUCCCUACCUGAGGGAUCUACAUUAACGUGUACAAUCGAUUGCUGCCAUAGUGGAAGGAUAGCAAACAAUAACUUCAAAUUGCUGGGCGCUGGAUUUCGUGGCUCUAUGGUAUGCGACGAAAACACAGGGCUGGAGCAACCUGUAUCACAAAUCCCCCCAUUACAAGACGUACAUUCUCGGGUUGGUGCAGAGCCCGAGAUCAACGGGGGUGUGAUCUUGAGAAAUGGCCCAAUCAGUGAGCGCUAUGAGGCUAAGAUUUGUUUACCUUUACAAUCAUCACUCCAUGGAUCUAUGGGACUCAGUGAAGUUCGGCGCAUGAAUGAUAUGGAUACUAUAGAGUCAUGCGAGUUUCCUCGAGGACUGACCGGCUUCGCCACAAGUGUAUAUCGAUACUUUUGCCCUCCAACCUUGGUUCCUGAAUCCGACAAACAAGGGGACAACAUUAUGACUUCCGGCAAAGUCAAAAUGGAAGAGAAACUACCACCAGAUGAAGUACAAAAGGAUAAUAUAAAGGCUAACAUGGCGUUCGUCAAGGGGGUGGAAGAGGUUAGCGGAAGGACAUCUACCGUGGGCGAGCUCUUUGAUAUUGUUAAGUAA